UAUUUUUUUUUAAAAAAAAAAUAAAAUGAGAGAAGUUCUCUUUACUCUAAUAUUGUUAGCUACUACGGUCUUUAACGUAUUAGGAGCAACUAGAUCAGGUUUUUCUUCUUCAAGGCCUGCUGAUCUUGAAGGCCAAUUUCCACGUCUUGGUGCUUGUCCUCAUCCUCAUAUUUGUAUUUUCCCUCCUGACGUGUCUACUUUUCUUCCUGGUUCUUACUUUGAUUUACGAGUAGAAUUUCAUGCGUACAAUAAUGAAACUUUUACUCCUUCUUCGAACAAAGUGUUGAAAACAAUGAUUAAAAAAGGGAAUGGGAAAUGGUAUAAGAUGAAUGAUUACUUCAAGUUGCAUAGUAAAAAACAGCAACCUACUCUUGAGGCCUGGAAUUUCAACUGGGUUAAUUCAAUUGAAACUCAAUAUGCUUCCAUCUUGAAUAAUUCACGUAAACCUAUCUCAGUUAAUGUUACUUCUUAUGUCUGGAGAAAAUUAAAGUUGACUGACCCUGGAGAAUAUGAAAUUAAGGUGAAAUACGGCUCUGAACAAUCCUAUUCCGUUAAAUACAAUGUUGUUAAGCCCAAGAAACCUAAGAAUAAGGCGAAGAAUGUGAUUCUAUUUAUUUCUGAUGGUACCAAUGUUGGUAUGAUAACUGCAGCUCGUGCACUUGCUCGUAAACAUACCUCUGGCAAAUAUGAAUCUUUACUUUCAUUUGAAGAUUUUGAUAACCUUGGUCACGUCAUUACUAAUUCUGUUGACAGUUUACUUACUGAUUCAUCUAAUUCUGCUUCUGCCUAUGCCUCUGGUCAUAAAAGUUCUGUGAACUGUUUAGGUGUUUAUGCUGAUUCUUCAAGUGAUCCAUUUGAUGAUCCUAAAGUUGAACUUAUUACUGAAUUGAUUCGUCGUCGUCAGCCUGGAAAGGCUAUUGGUAUUGUUUCUACCGCUUUUGGUCAGGAUGCUACUCCUGCAGCCUUUGUCAGCCACACUCGGAAAAGAUAUACAUUUAAAGAAAUUACAGAUCAAAUUUUAAAUGGUGUUCAUAACUGGACUUCUGCUGUUGCUCCUGAUGUUUGGUUAUCCGGUGGUGCUGAAUAUUUUGCUGGUAAUUUGACUUUAAACAAAUUAAAUUAUUAUAAUAUGUUUAGAAAAGCUGGCUACUCUAUUGUUCAAAAUAAGAAGGAUUUACUUGCGAAUAAAGACAAGAGUAAAAAACUUUUAGGUGUCUUUCGCAAGGGUAAUCUAGAUACUUGGUUUGAAAGAAACAUUUACGUCAACAAUACGGUUGGUAAUAAAGCUGCUCCUGAUUUAAGUGGUAAUGAUGCUCUUGGUUCUGAUCAGCCUGGUCUUUCUGACAUGACUAUUUCUGCUCUGAAAGUUUUAAAGAAGCGUGGUGGAAGAGAUGGUUUCUUCUUGAUGUCUGAAGCUGCUUCAGUAGAUAAACAGUUACAUACUUUUGAUUUCCCUCGUGCAUGGGCUGAGCUUAUUGAGCUUGACGUAACUGUCAAGAAUACAAUUAAAUGGCUCAAGAAGAACAAUGAAUAUGAAAAUACACUUAUUAUUGUUACUGCUGAUCAUGCUCAUGCCUUUGAUGUUUGGGGAUCCGUUGAUCAGCGUUAUAUUCGAACUCAUGAUAAUGUACUUGAUAUGCGUAAUUCCAUUGGUAUCUAUGGUCGAGCUGGCUGGCCGGGAUAUUUCGAUAAUGACAAUGAUGGUUUCCCUGAUAACUGGUCCCCUAAAAUAUCUCUGGCGGCUGGUACAAAUAAUGGUCCUGGUCAUUAUGAAGCAUGGCAAACAGUUACUACUGGUCCUAGAAAGCCUACUGUAAUGGAUAUUCAUGGCGAUUAUGAAGGUAACAAAAACGACCCCGCUGGAAAGAAUGGAGCUGGUCUUAUUUGGAAUAGUAAUUUACCUUAUGGCUCAUAUAAAGGUGUUCACUCUAUGAGCGAUGUCUUCAUAUAUUCCAAUGGACCUAGUUCUGAACUCUUUAAAAAAACAUUUGAAAACUGGGAACUGUUUUUUAAGAUGGCUGAAGCAAUGAACUUGAUGUUUCCUACUAAAAAUGAAUAACAUUAUGUAUAUAUUAUUAUUGUAUUAGAAAAAAAAUUUAUAUAAAUAUUUAUUUAAAAUUAAAA